UGAAAAAGUGAUUGGAGAUUGGUGAAUGGAGAGUCUGAAAAAGUGAAUGGUUGUGGUGAUUACACACACACACACAGCUUCCCUGAUCUUCUCUUCUUCACACACCACACCAUUCUCCCUUUCUUCUUCCUCUGUUUAUUGCUGCUUCCUUCAAACCAAGAUCAAUGGCGGCUCUACAAUCUCUGGUAUCCACUUCCCAUGCUUCUCCCCAUAUGCAUCAUCAUCAUCCUUCCACCAAAGUUUUUCCCUCCGCCACACUCCACCGCAGCGCCUUCUCCUCAUUCCACGGCCGCUCUCUUUCCCUCUCCGCCGGCAACUGCCAGACGCUCACUCACCGCAACGGACGGCCCUGGAACCCCAUCCUGAUGGUUCAGCCCAAGAUUCAGUUCAUCCAGGGCACGGACGAGCAGACGGUGCCGGACGUCAGGCUGACGAAAUCACGAGACGGCACGAACGGAAUGGCGAUUUUCAGGUUCGAUCAGCCGUCGGUGUUCGACUCGUCGGCGGAGGUGGGGGACAUUACGGGAUUCUAUAUGAUCGAUGAGGAAGGAGUGAUUCAGUCGGUGGAUGUGAAUGCGAAGUUCAUCAAUGGAAAACCGGCGGGAAUUGAAGCGAAGUAUGUGAUGCGAACUCCGAGGGAGUGGGAUAGAUUCAUGAGAUUCAUGGAGCGAUACUCCAACGCCAAUGGCUUGCAAUUCGUCAAGAAAUGAAGUUCGUUUAAUCCGAAUCCGAAUCUGAAUGAAGUUUGUGGUUGUGUUUUGCCCAAUUUUGUUAUCCGUUGAAUCAAAAUCAAUACUGUGUUGAUACCUGAUGGAUGAAAGAUUUAAUUGAAGCUUUGUUCUAUGUUCUA